AUGCAAUGUUCGCUGAAUAGAGAAGAUGAAUGGCUUGAAUGUGGCUCAGCACAUUUGGAAAAUAUCGAACUUGAAGUUCGGUUGCCAUACCGAUCAAAAUAUUUAUAUCUAAUAGAUGAAAGAAGGAAUUUUUUGAAAAAACACGACGAAUAUACCAAAAGGUUAUUUUUUUUGUGGCUGAAUGAAAACAAAUGUGGCUGUUACGGUAGUUUUGCAUUCUUCGGUGAAGAUGACUUAAGCGGUUGCAUUUUCAUGGUUGAUUUUAAACAAAAACUUGCAAGGUAUCAACUUAAUGAGUCACCUAAUCAGCCUGGCUUCGGUCAAAGUAUUAUUUUAUCGUAUACAAAGUUAUUGGAUGCAAAUAUGAUAAAAAUUGCCGAUUUUCCCAAUAAACAAAAGAUAUCACUAAAGAAAAAUUACGGUAGGAAGUUCAAUGCUAAUUCAGAAAUGAUUGGACCAAUCAGUUCUUCGGGAAUGCUUCUUAAAAGCUAUUACGGUUUUCUUAAUGUAUACAGUAUUGACUUCAGCAAAAAGAAUACCAGUACAAAUAUGAUAAAUAGAUUUGAAAUGAUACGUAGUGGUAUUAACAGUUUGCAACUCUCAUGUAAGGAAAGUAAUAAGACUCAAGAUAAUCCAUUAUUAGCAAAAAAUAUUUCCUCCAUCGCUCGUGCUGGAGAUCCAGUGGUAUUCCAUGACCAACGCCCAUCUGAUUGGAAUUGUGAUCCAGAAACUGUUUAUGCAUGGGGAAAUAUUUCUUCGGUUAUGAAGAUUUUUCUCACUCCAUUGAGUGUCGAAGUGAUGCAACGAUUAGUGGAAAGAGCAGAAAUGAUGCUAACCGCAAUCCAUCCAGAUUCCAUUGUGCAUCAUGCAUACGCUUCUUGCGCAUCGAAAUGUCAUCAACAACCUUUGACCCAGAAAAGCUCUACUAUAACUCAAAGUUCCUUACCUCCUGCAAUUAGUGCUAAUAUUGGUUUGCCACCUUUAUCUCUCACAUUUUUCCAAGGAGCAACUAUUGAUAAUACGAUUACAAGAGGUGCAAAAGAAGAAAGUUACACUCGCAGUACUACGGUCGAUUCUACUGUAGCACUAAUUCACGGAGAUGCGUGUCACUUUCGCAUAUUUACACGCGAUCAAAACGAUUUUAUUUGA